GGGGGCGGGCGCGGCCCCUCCCCCGUCACUUCCUGCCGGGCUGCGGGCGCCGGAGCCGCUCUUCAGCGUUUGCGCUGGCGGUCGUCGCGUCUGUGUCGUCUCCCCCCCCCCUUCUUCUGAUCCCCAGCCCGGCGGCGCCCGCCUCCUCCGCGGCCACACCGCCUCUUCCCUCCCCUGGUCCCUUCUUCCUUGCCCUCUUCCCUUGCUCCUUCCCCUCCUCGCCGCCGCUCAGGACCGCCGGCCCGGGGACGAGCUCCGUGGAAGCAGCCAGAAAUCAUAGCUCCUACCACUGCAGUGCUCAAUGCACUAGGCGUGAAACUGGAAGGAAAACCAAUGUAUAAGCCCGUGGACCCCCACUCUCGGAUGCAGUCCACCUACAGCUACGGCAUGCGCGGAGGGGCCUACCCCCCCAGGUACUUUUACCCGUUUCCAGUGCCGCCGUUACUCUACCAAGUGGAGCUUUCUGUGGGAGGACAGCAGUUUAAUGGGAAAGGGAAGACGACGACGAGACAAGCUGUGAAACAUGACGCCACUGCCAGAGCACUGAGGACUCUGCAGAGUGAGCCUCCACCAGAGAGGCUGGAGAUGAAUGGAAGAGAAUCAGAAGAAGAAAACCUCAAUAAAUCAGAAAUAAGCCAAGUGUUUGAGAUUGCACUGAAGCGGAAUUUGCCUGUGAAUUUUGAGUCUGUCCCUCUGACACAGGUGGCCCGGGAGAGUGGCCCACCCCACAUGAAGAACUUUGUGACCAGGGUUUCAGUCGGGGAGUUUAUAGGGGAAGGAGAAGGGAAAAGCAAGAAGAUCUCCAAGAAGAACGCAGCCAGGGCCGUUCUGGAGCAGCUGAGGAGGCUGCCGCCUCUGCCUACCGUGGAGCGAGUGAAGCCCAGAAUCAAGAAGAAAAGCCAACCCACGUGCAAGCUGCAGACAGCCCCGGAUUAUGGCCAGGGGAUGAAUCCUAUUAGCAGACUGGCACAGAUCCAGCAGGCCAAAAAGGAAAAGGAGCCGGAGUACAUGCUCCUUACAGAGCGAGGUCUUCCACGUCGCAGGGAGUUUGUGAUGCAGGUAAAGGUUGGGAAUCAUACUGCAGAAGGAGCGGGUACCAAUAAGAAGGUGGCCAAGCGCAAUGCUGCUGAGAACAUGCUGGAGAUCCUGGGGUUCAAAGUUCCCCAGGCGCAGCCUGCCAAGCCAGCACUCAAAUCAGAAGAGAAGACCCCAGUAAAGAAACCAGGAGACGGAAGGAAAGUAACGUUUUUUGAACCUAGCCCUGGGGAUGAAAAUGGAACUAGUAAUAAAGACGAGGAGUUCAGGAUGCCUUAUCUUAGCCAUCAGCAGCUGCCAGCUGGAAUCCUCCCCAUGGUGCCAGAGGUCGCCCAGGCUGUUGGGGUUAGUCAAGGACACCACACCAAAGAUUUCUCCAGGGCAGCUCCGAAUCCUGCCAAGGCCACGGUAACUGCCAUGAUAGCUCGCGAGUUGUUGUACGGGGGCACCUCGCCCACAGCCGAGACCAUUUUAAAGAGUAACAUCUCUUCAGGCCACAUACCCCAUGGACCUCGAACAAGACCCUCUGAGCAGCUGUACUACCUUUCCAGAGCCCAGGGAUUCCAGGUUGAAUACAAAGACUUCCCUAAGAACAACAAGAACGAGUGUGUGUCUCUCAUCAACUGCUCCUCGCAGCCACCCCUCAUCAGCCACGGCAUUGGCAAGGAUGUGGAGUCCUGUCAUGAUAUGGCUGCACUGAACAUUUUAAAGUUGCUGUCUGAGUUGGACCAACAGAGCACAGAGAUGCCAAGAACAGGAAAUGGACCAGUGUCAGCGUGUGGGAGGUGCUGAACCUUUUCUGGCCACAAACCAUUAUAAAUCCCAACAUAUAUACUGAAAAUACUGAGAACUGCUUUGAAAAUUUGGAAUUUCUGAUAACUCCAGUGGGCUGAGACAUGGUGGAUAAGAAUGUGGAAGCUGUAGCAAAGACGACAAGAAACUCCAGGUGAUGCCCUUGGUUGUGCUGGGCUGCUAAGUGACAAUGCUGUGCUCUGCCACCAUCAAGAGAGACCAGCCCCAUCACCUCCAAUUUUUAUAUUGUGAUAACAGAGAAACAUGGCGAAUUCUCAUGCUGGUUCACUCAGAUACUUUGGGACAACCCUGGACAGCCACGCCAGGGAAGCCUUCGAGUGGCCCCGGAGCUAUAAGCACCAGAGAGAAGCUAGUGCUUCCUACCCCACCCACCUGACUUGGCGUGCUCAGCCUGCCACACAUAGUACCCAGCCGCCGUAACCACUGCUCUCUUAAACAGUGACGCUUAGUUCCAUUAUUUCCUUUGGUUGAUAUGACACUAUGUAAUUUUCAUUUCAGUUUCUCAGUUGCAUCUACUUAUCUAGCACAGUUUAGAAACUUGUCCAAGACUGAUGCCAUAUGAUGACCGAUAACCGGCAAAGAUCACAGCUGUUUGGUGAUAUGUCGGUGCCUCUGGCUUGGCUAGACAGUUCUAGACUUACCAGAAUCCUUGACACCCUUCCCUUUGUAUAAAUUGGACAGCUUAGGAAAUUUAAACUUUAGAUGAUCAAAAGAUUUGGUCCUUUUUAUUUUAUUUUCAAGCAGCAGACUUAAAAUUGAGCCCCAAAGCCCGGACCUUUCAAGAUUACAGAAAUUGUCAAUAGGUGUGUCUGUUGAAGAGGUAGCUUUCUACCACACUACAGGACAUUACUGUGGGCCCAGGCGCCUGCAGGCUGGUGUCCCUGGAGUGCCUAAUGCAGUCAAUCCCAACCUCCGUGGAGGGAAAGGCGACAGGUUUCCUGUUGCUGUGCUGGUGCGCACAGGUGCAGAAAGGUUGGCUGUCCCUGGUGGAAAGCAUUGUAGCCUUGAGCGCAGCACUGCUUCCAUUUUGGUACAGCUGGAACUUUUUCACUCAUGGAAUGUAAGUAAACUAAGUCUUUGUCAACAAUAAAUGGUAAUACUAAAAUCUUUUUUUUUUUUUUUUUUUUUUUGUUAAUUUAUUUUCAAACACCACUACUUCUAGAUCAAUCCCCUUCUGGUUCAUCACCCCGCCCCCCAAAAAAAAUGUUUGUAAUGCUUGUGAUUCUGUCUGGGCAAAAAUCUGAAGAUCUAAAAAUCUCUUUAUAUUAAAAUAUUGGUCAAUAAACAGCUACUAAGAAACUCUU